AUGUCUCUUCAUUUGCUUAAUGUGAAACAUAACGAUAUUGUAGAUUAUCCCCUCUUUCUCCUUAAGGGAGUACUUGCAUGCUCUUCUGGUUGCCACCCCAUCAUCACAACCGUUAAUAAAUGCACAGUCUUUCGAAAUUCUUCAAAACUAGCAAUUGAGGUGCCCUUUAAAGCACUGAUUCCCAUUCGAAUAGGUGAAAAUGACAUAAAAAUUAGCUGCUCCCAUGCUGCGUACUAUCUUACCAUUAAAAGAGCUCCACCAAAUGAUAACAGGUCUUAUAUUCGCUGUAUUUAUGUGGUUUUUGAUAGUCACGAAGGCUCGUUUCAAGCACCUAAAGACGUACCAUUUGGUAUCGAGAGCGCUUGUCAUCGUCUUGGUUUAGCAGCACGAUUACUUCAGACCUUAACUGCAGAAACCAUAUAUUCUGAGACUGGUCAUCGCCGAACAUUUAUCUUCGCUGGAGACUUGCCAUCUUCUCACUAUCUUCCCCGUACUUCUGCCUCAUAUUCAUCCGCAGCUGUAUGGUGCGUAAAAUCCAAAUUAAACUAUCUAGAAGCGCAAAGAUUACCCCCUAUUGAGCUAUGGGAGCAUAUUGGAAGAGAACUUGAUGGCCUCUUCCCUGAAGAUAGAAAUAAAGCUAAAUGGCUCACUGUUAUAAGUUGUACUGAAUAUAGACCUCUAGUAGGAGUAGAGACGAUCCCGCUGUCUCACGAAGAAGCAAUCUCGAGGACAAAAGGUUAUUGUGCUCUCGGAGCAGGGGGAUUGGCACUACUGGGAUCUGGCACGCUAUACACUUGGCCAGAGAAAAUCGAAGAUCUUGAAUUCUGCCUUACAAACGCUCAAAAAGUUGAUCGGCGAAAAUUUCUCGACGAUAGCGCUCUUCGAUUUACAUACUGGGCCAAUUAUACAACUGCACUGGGAACAAUGCUCCAUGAACUGGGGCACUGCUUCGAUCUGGAUCACACUCCUCGCGGCAUCAUGAGACGUGGAGGAGAUGAUCUGAAUCUCGUUUUGGCGUUUCCACCACCUAUAAAUGGAUCACCAUUAUGUUUAAAAGGAGUCACAACUAAUCUUCGUGGUUUGUCGAUAUUUAGAUACAAGGAAGUCACUUUUUAUGAAAACGCGCUAACUGAUUGUCGAGAUGCAUCGGUUACUCGUUGGGGCAACUCAGCAACAAUCGACGAUGUCGGAGAAGCAUUCUGGGGAACAGAAAUCGCACAAUUUCUAUCAGUUCAUAGAUGGUUUGACGGAUCAAUAAGCAGUACAUGUUCUUGCAAAACAUCUUUUAAUAAGGGUGUUCUAUGUUCAUCCUGUGGUGUACAAAUAAUCCAAUUGCGGAAUUAUGGCAAUACAUGUUCCCCAAAUAACGUAAAAGUCUGGAAUUCUACAGCUUCAAUCAAGCUCCCCUUAGAUACUACGCUGCUACAAGGUUGUGUCAUUUACCAUAGAAUUCUUCAAAGGCCGCAAAAACAAAUUACGAUUUCAUCCAUCUUAAAAAGAGCGUUUCGUCAGCUCAAAACUUCCAAAAUCAAGGUUGUAUCUGUAAAUUUUCGAGGUGAAGUCUUUCAGGAAAUAGUGAAUAAAAAUGAGUUUUAA